CAACGCUGGCAUUAAUGCAAACGCGCCUUGGGAGAGUGAGUGAGUAGCUCCCAUCCCACUAUUUCCUAGGCUACUUCUACGUGAAUAACCCUCCCGUGAAAGGCAAUACCUGCGAUUGUUUUUAGCAAAGUGUCGCUCGCCCUUGCGACGCGCAGCUCCAGUAGCGGGAUUAGUAUGGUGAUCAAGGUUUACAUUGCCUCCUCUUCUGGAUCUGUGUUGGUGAAGAAGCGCCAGCAGGCAGUGGUGGGUUUUCUGGAGGCCAACAGGAUCUCCUUCCAGGAGGUGGACAUCACCAAUGUGGAGGAGAGGAGGCUGUGGAUGUACCAACACAUCCCCCCAGACAGACACCCCGACAAGGGAAAUCCCCUGCCACCGCAGAUCUUCAACGACGACCGCUACUGUGGGGACUAUGAAGACUUCUUUCAGUCCAAGGAGAAUGACACUGUAUUUACGUUCCUAGGCCUCAGCUCCCAGCCCUCGGUAAAGGACUCCGAGUCGUAAGGGGUGGGAUGAACCCCUGUGGAAUCAGAGAUAAUCACAUCCUGUAUUCAAUCACUUCCUGUAUUGCAUCACUUCCCCACCCUGACGAUGCCACCAUGUUGCUAUAAAGGAAAAGAAACAAACAAAAACACUCAGAUGUUUUUGACCUCCACCUGAAAAGAAAUCUCCCUCCUUCCUCUGUACCUGCAGGCCUCAAACAGAUGUUUUCACCGUAAAGAUGGAAAGAAGUCUCACCUGAGUUGUUGUGCCCUUAUAGCUUCUAUUCCAGCAUGGCCAGGUCCACUGAGUCCACAUCCAAUGUUUAGUAGUCCAUUUUAGCACAACUCAUUGGCUGAGGUGUCUGGAUGAUGGAUUUGCCUGAUGGCCCGGUUGGAGUCAUUGGAAGGGGUCAGCCAUUGGCAAACUGGGAUCUGCCUAUGCUGGAACAGAUGCUGUAAGGGCACAGAAACCCAGAUCAUCAGCCAAUGGAGUUGGAAGUCCAACCAUUUUAACCUCAUGGAAAUGGCAGAAUCCUUCAGUAGCAAUGUACAUGUUAGAGCAUGUUUUCCUGUUUAAGUCUUCUGACCACCUCUAUUGGUUUCCUAUAGUGCCACGAGGGGGAGGGGCUUCAGGCAAAGAUGUGGAAUUCCAGGCAAUGGUUCAACCCCACAGCAAUGGACACUGACAUUCUAAUUCACUUUUCUUCCUGCAUAUAUAUUAUUUUUGUAUUUUAUUUUUUACAGAUGCUGUUACCCAUGCUGAUCUAGUGUUCAGUGGGGGCAAUAUGUAUUAGCAGAAAAAUAAUGGUGUAUUUUUUUUGGUCAGUUGUUCAUAACAAUAUGUAGCCUAUAUCUUUGGUCAAUAGCAGGAUAUUCAUGUAGCGCCCUGGUCAGUGUUUAGUAGGCUGUUCUGCAGACAGUAACCGGAGACUGUGUUAAUGAAGACUGUGUUCAGUAACCGGAGACUGUGUUAAUGAAGACUGUGUUCAGUAAUGGGAGAGUAUGUAGCAGAAACUGAGAAGUUGGUCAUGUCUGGCCAUUGCACUUACACUUUAAUCCCCCCCUUUUCUCUUUCUGUCUUUUUCAUGCUCCUUUGCUCACAAAUUGCCUCUGCCUCCCCCAUUCCUGACCCCUCUCCCUCUGUCUCUCAUAUUAAAUUAACAUGGAUGGAUGGAUAAUUGUUUAAUGUUUA